UGAGCUGGGACUCGGUCCGGUUAUCGCAAACAUCUGGUUGUUGAAAGCUCGGUGAUUUCUGCUGCAAAACAAGUUUAGUCAGCUCGAAAAGCAGAGGCCAGCUGCUCCCCGGAACAGCUUCGUUGCUUUAAAAUGAACUUUCAUGAAGUUUGAAGCAAAGCAGCAGAUUUCGUCAUCGGGAGGCUGGAACAGGAAAGACCGUGGUGCAGAUUCAUUCUCACUAAAACACCAAAAAUGCGAUCUUUAUUGAGUUGUUCUGUUGGCCGAAAUGAAGAACGACUUUACACGAUGGAUGAUCGUGUUCAGGUGUUUUCUACAAACCAACGGUGUCUGUGGAGACUCGAGGAAAGUUGAAACGUGACAGAUUUUAAAUCGAGUCUGGUGAAACGUUCGCAGCUUGUAGGAAAACGGAAAUAAUGAUGGGUGACUUUCCUCUGAGAUGAUGUUCGACCUCAGGAGAGCUCUGAUCGCUCCAGGGCUGCUUUACACAUUAACAUUUAAAUGUUUUAUAAAAAUGUACGUUUGAGAGUAAAGUAACGAAUUCGUGGUUCAGCUGGGUCUCACGCGGAGGCGAGGCCGGGGUCCUGACGUGCCCGAGCGGUAUAGUUUCUUCUCACAGCCGUGAAUCACUGCUGACGAACCGGGAACGGUUCAAUGAAAACACCUGUUACCGGAGUCUGGUUCGAUCAAUGCGCAGCUGACCGGAAGUUCUGAAAGUAACCCUCCGCCACGGAGCGACACAGAAAGUGUUGCUGCAGCAGCAGUUCCUGCGGGUGACCAAACACUACCUCCCCCACGUGGCCCGCCUCUGCCUGGUCAGCACCUUCCUCGAGGACGGCAUCAGGAUGUGGCUCCAGUGGAGCGAGCAGAGCGAGUAUAUCGACUCCACCUGGAGCUGUGGCCUCUUCAUCGCCAACCUCUUCGUCCUCAUCAACCUGCUGGGACAGCUGGGCUGCUGCGUGUUGAUCCUCAGCAGGAACUUUGUUCAGCACGCCUGCGGCGCUCUGUUUGGGAUCAUCGCUCUGCAGAUGGUGGCUUACAGCAUCCUGUGGGACCUCAAGUUCCUCAUGAGGAACCUGGCGCUGGGCGGGGGCCUCCUCCUCCUCCUGGCAGAGUGCAGGGGGGAGGCGCGUAGCGUGUUCGCCGGAGUUCCUUCCCUCGGACAUCAGAGCUCGCCGAAGCACCUCCUGCAGCUGGGAGGUCGCGUCCUCCUCGUCCUCAUGUUCAUGACGCUGCUGCACUUUGACCUCAGCCUGCUCAGCUUCCUGCAGAACGUGGUGGGGACGGCGCUCAUGGUCCUGGUGGCGGUGGGCUUUAAGACGAAGCUGGCGGCGCUCACGCUGGUGGCGUGGCUGCUCUGCAUCAACUUCACCAUCAACGCCUUCUGGAGCGUGCCGUCCUACACGCCCAUGCACGACUUCCUGAAGUACGACUUCUUCCAGACCACCUCGGUGAUCGGCGGCCUGCUGCUGGUGGUGGCGCUCGGGCCCGGGGGCGUCUCCAUGGACGAGAAGAAGAAGGAGUGGUGAGGAGGAGGAGCCGCGCCUCUGCCUCUUCUAUUUUUAUUUUUUUGCUCUCUGAGCGACCAAUCAGAGCUCGUCUUUGUGUCACGUGAUGUUUGUUGCACACUGGCUGUGAUGUUUGACACUUAGAGUGAUUUUAGAGGAGGCGAGGGAGCGCCUCCACCUCCAUCCUGCUGCACCACCCAGUGACCGCCACCCGCCUCCCUGAGGCAUCAGCUGCUGCGUUAUCCAAUCAGUGCUUUUGUAGGCGGUCUUUGCUGUUUUCAGCCUGUUCGAUGUGACGAUUCGGACACAACGACGUCACUCGUUAAUGUUUUUGUAACGAGCUGGACAAACGACAAAAAUGGAGGCAGAGUCAUUUUGAGCAGCUCUGAGGCGACAAACACACCUGAGCAGGUGAGCGAUCACAGCUUUAGUACGGAGCGGGGAGGCUGUAGUAACCCGUGGCGUCCUGCAGGAGGCGCUGCUUCCUCACAGUGUGUUUCGUCUCUGUACGACGUUCAGUGUUUGAGUCUGAGUCUUUUUCUAUCGUGUUUUUGUAGGAGGAGUUUAAUAAAGCGUGCAGCAUUAA